GACCUUUAUCCUUUUCUUCCCCUUCUUCCGACCUUUUCACAUUCGGAUAGCGUUUAUAUUUCUGAAUAUUGCGCACAUGUCACUCCUCUACAGCACCCAAUGCUAAUGGCUGAACGUAUAGAAAGCCAGUUCUCUUUUCUGAUGAACAGCUCGCAUUGAGCCGAAGAAGUACGGUAGGAUAGUUUCUCGGGAUAUCUAAGCGUCAGGUUAGUGUAUUUUUGAGUUUGUCUUCUCUAGAGAUUGCCGUGUUCUCAUCUGCCUUGUCCGUGUGACUGAGGAUUGGAACCGCAUUUGUCCUUGCCUGUGUCAACCUUUCGGGUCCUAUUUUCUUCCUCCGGCGUGAAUGAUAAGAUCAACUUCCGUCCUGUUCGCACCGAAGGAGGGACAGUGGCACCUGCCUCUAAACCCCUCCGUGAGACACGAGGCGCCUUCCAGAUAACCUUUCAAGCUUUACUGGUUUCUCGUCGGGCACCCCAUUAGCUGGCUCUGCAAACGAUGUACAAGGCGAACGCUUUCAUGCCAUCUCCUGCUUGGGCCAAUGGCUCUGAUCAGCCUCGCAAGAUGCAAUGGGCAUCGGUUACAUUCGUCUUUACUCUCGUUUUACUUCUCGCUGUCCCGCUCUCCACUUGGGGGGACGUUAGAGCAUACAUGUCGACUUCUCGAGGCGCACUAACGUUUGUCGUGCCCCCUCCCGAGCAUGUCACCAUGCGUAUCAUCCCUGCCUCGCCUCACUACGAACUCGGUUCCGACUCCUGGAGUAAAAUCAUACCCACCGGCGGACACACAGUCCAUUUGAGUAACCCCGAUGGGUCGGUCUCCACUCAUACAGUCGCCAUGUUCCAUCAGAUCCGGUGUAUAGACAUCUUGCACCAAGCGUACUAUAAUGAGGGCAGUCAUCGCACAGAUCUCCUCACUCAGCAUUGCAUGAACUACCUUCGGGAGACAUUCCUCUGUCAUAUGGACAUGAGAAACGAGCCGCAAGGAUCCACCUUCACUCACAACGGGUUUGAGUCUCUCUGCUACGAUUGGGAGGGUAUCUACGCGGAGGCUGAAAGGAAUCAAGCCGCUUAUUCGGAACGCGUGGGUAUGUGAAGGUGAAAGAGGGAGAGAUGAGCGUAUGUACUACUUACGUUUGAGUGACUCUACUGUUGACAAUGGAUGAAUGAUCAAUAAAUCCUUGUGUCCUCCACGUUGUCGUAAAAACUGCGUCAUGAUAUGAGCCGUCAACGGUCCCAUCUCGUCCAUAUCGUAUGUGUUACUAGUGGAAGUUUCGACGAGAAAUAUAGUAUUGGUGAGUAUUCGGAUCCUGAGGCUAGUUGACUGGCUAUCCAAAGCGCUGUGAAAUUGAAGUGUCCGACCAUCAUGUCGGACACUUCAAUGAUUACGGCCAACUUCAUCGUCAAUCCCAAGUCACUCCAUUGUAAUCACUCCACUCCUUGAAAUUCUGGUUGAUCCAGUCUCCUACUUGCACCCAAUCCCUGCAUUGCCGCGUCACGCCCAUCCGAUCCACGGUCAGAUUCCUCAUCAUAAAGUCUCCAGACUCCAAGGUCAUGUCGGCGGUACAUAGGAAGAUCUGCCGCAUAUAGUUAAGACAAUGGAUGAAGUGGUGGCUGGGGUUGGCGACGUGAUCUGGUUUGUCGAAAUCUUCUGACAUGGAAUAGACACAGUGUAGAGAAUGGUAGGCUGCACCAAUGAAGCGAUGAUGGAAAGGACCCAAGUGGGCGAAACCGAUUCCAAAUUGAUUUGUGAAAAGGGUCUCCCAGUUGUCAGUGGUGUCGUUGUCGGUGAAGCCAUACCGCAUUGACUCUUGGAAUGUCAUCUCGACUGUGUCUAUGGGUCCGGUAGGCAUUUCCAAAGGGUUAUCUCUGUCGAUCCAGGCUGUAUAAGGUUAGACACAGCACAUCUGGAGGAUGUAUGAACCGCUCACUAUGCACCACUUCCUUCCCGGGCCCGAAUACCCUGUAGACGGUCGCGAGAAGUGCGACCGCAUUGCAUAGUGCAGUCGUUGAGAAGAAAAGGGUAAGAACGGAUGGACACUGAGAGGAGAACUUCAUGUCCAGAGGCAGAGUCCGUUAGCGAGCGAGCGAAAGUCAACCCAAAGUUGUUAGCGGAAGAAGACAAUUAUGGGAGGCCGAGAUUACGGCGUGCUAGGAAUCUACCGUGUCAGUUUCGUCAAGGGGAACAAGCGC